AUGUCGUUCCCCGCACUCGUCCCCUUCAUUGACGGCAACAAGGCCUGGGUUGCCGCCACCACCGCCGCCACCCCCGAGCUCCUCCCCAAGCUCGCGGAGGGCCAGGCACCCCCCGUGCUCUGGUUCGGCUGUGCCGACUCGCGCAUCCCCGAGACUUCGAUCUGUGGCGCCAAGCCCGGAGACAUCUUCGUCCACCGCAACGUUGCCAACCAGUUCCACGGUGACGAUGUUUCGGCGAACGCUGUGCUCAACUACGCCGUUCUCCACCUUGGGGUGACGCACGUUGUCGUCGUCGGCCACACCGCAUGUGGCGGGUGCAAGGCGGCGUUCGGCUCGGCCGCGCCCGCCGCCGACGCUCCCGUCCCCGAACACCCCCUCCUGGCCUGGCUUGACCCCCUCAUCAAGCUCCGCCACUCGCUCCCCGAGGGCGCGACGCUCGACGACCUCAUGCGCGAGAACGUCCGUGCCGGCGUCAAGAGCCUCGCUGCGUCCUCCACCAUGACAGAGGCGUGGAGCCUCGGCAAGCAGGUCUACAUCCACGGGUGGGUGUACGACCUCGCCUCGGGUCUCCUCUCGGACCUUGACAUGUCCCUUGGUCCGCAGUAGACCAGCAGAAAAAUAGAACCCAGUAGAGCUGUGGCCUGGCCAUUUAGACGACGCCUUGCCGAGGCCAGUGCGGGCGAGAUCUGGUGCCCGGCAGCGCCGAGAGGUGUAGAGCUGUAGAGGGAGGGCGGGCAACGGAGACGAGGGU